AUGGUUGGUCCAGCAUCACUAAGAACAAAAAAGGCCUUACUGACACGAUACUGCAAUAAUUUGUCUCGGGUAAUCGAGAGAAUCGAUUCUGCUCACACCGCCGCGCAAGCUAGUAGCGAUGACGCAACAUCUCCUCCACGCAUCAAAGCAUCGCUGUUUGAACUCGACGCCACGGCAAAGCUAGCGGCAGAUGCCUUGAAUGCUUUCACGGCAGCGCUGGACGAGAUCGAUGAACUACCCGAAGAACAAGACAAGCAGGCGAACGACUACAUUGACUCAUCGCUUUCGUUGAUUGAGCGCGCUCGUCUGAUGGCGAUUGAACUCGACGCAAAAAACAUUGGGGACCGGGAGGAAAAUGACGAGAGAGGAUGGACAGAGAUGAUGAGACCAAAACUUCCGCCAAUACCCAUACCCAUAUUUACGGGAAAGCUUCAGGAAUACACCAACUUUUGGACACUUUUCGAAUCCAACGUCGACAGACAACCACUCACCAAUCUACAGAAGUUUAACUAUUUAUUAACCGCUUUGCGAGGGGAACCCCGAGAACUGAUUAAACGAUAUCCAAUAACCGAAGCCAACUAUACGCACGCCAUUCAACUUUUGAGGGACAAGUAUGGGGACGAAUCUAAGCUCAUCGCGGACUUACAAUCGCGCCUUGAAAUGACGAAGGCAGACAACAAAUCUAUCUACGCUCAACGUCGCCUUCUCGAACAAAUUCUUCCCAUAGUAACUCAGUUGGAAGAGUUGGGAAUAACACUGAAUGGCUCGUAUCCUACAAAGAAGCUUCUCUCCAAGUUUUCUUACACAUUGCAGCGUCAAGUUCUGGAACGCUGCCUCUUGCAAAAUAAGAAAGAAACCGAUUGGAUUAUGCGGGAUGUGCUCUCUGAGCUGGACGAUCUGAUAACCACACAAGAACAGAUCAGUGAAAUGAUCGAUAGCAUUCCCAACAAGUGUGAUGAUCGCAGCAGAGAUUCUCAUAACAACAACAGAUCGAAGAAAUUCCUCAUGAAGAAUGCGACAACAAAGCCUGACCCGAAUGCAUGUAUGUUUUGCGGAUCAACGCAACACAAAUCAGCUGAUUGCACAAGGAUUCCAAGCAUCCACCAGCGACGUACCUAUAUGCAACAACAUAGGAGAUGCCUCAACUGUGGGAAAGAAGGCCACUUUGUGAAAGACUGCACAAGUAAAGGAUGCAGGUAUUGCACGGGGAUGAAGCAUCAUCAUACCCUCUGCCCCCAGAGGCACAACUUGGGAGAGACCACAGACCAAACCCCACCAAGGGCAAGGACAAACACUAAUACUCCACAGAACAGACCGCCGGUACCCAAUGUACCUCGGAAUACGAAACGACAUGUGAAAACUGCGGUAGCGACGGCACAACCAGUGCAGACUACCGACAGCAGCGCGACCUACCCGGACAUAACGGAUACUGCGCAGCACUCACCGCAAGAUACAUCUAUCCUUCAGAAUAGUACGGUAGACGCCCUGGACAAUAAGGUAUUGUUACUGACAGGAGUAGCGCGGGUACGGGAUGAAGCGCGUGAUGACUGGAAAGAAGUGGAGAUCCUCUUCGACACAGGAGCCGACCAGUCAUUCAUAAGCUCUGCUCUCGCAGAAGAAUUGAACCUGAAAUGUACAAAAGAGAAGGAGCUCACUAUGUACACUUUCGGUUCUACUGACCCUAAACCGACCAAGUGUAGGCACACAACGUUGGACCUGUGGGAUAAUCAGGGACAAAAACAUCCCGUACGGCUAUGUACCACACCGGUACUCACAAGUAAAGGACAAACGACCCAACUCGACCACGCGGACCUAGCGUUUGUGGCACAACACAACAUCCACCUGUCCAAACCUACGUCCAAUUCCACAUCCAUACCACAGAUAUUACUCGGAUGUGAUCAGUUGUGGGGUUUAUUGGAUGCUCCCCUUCCACGCUUUAAACUCCCAUCGGGCCUGCUCCUCAUUCCCUCAAAACUCGGAUAUUUGCUGACCGGAAAGCAGCACACCUUCCACGGAAUAGAAGGACAACAGAAUGAGGUCAAUAUCAGCAUGAUCACCAUGGUACAGGCCUUCACAGAAUCUGAAGAUGAGAUGAGCCGAUGGGACAGAUACUGGACAAUGGACUCAGCCGGUAUAUGCGAGUUCACGGGAACUAAAAACGAAGAAAAAACCGCAGUUAAUGAACAAGUGGUUAUGUUCUUCAAUAACACAAUCGAACGCCGUCCUGAUGGGUACUACGUUCGGUUGCCGUAUAAGGACAAUCACCCCCCACUACCGGACAAUCGGCAAAUAGCUCUGAAACGGUUACAAGAAGUAAUACGGACGCUGAAAUCGAGUCCACAGUUAUUACAAGAUUACGAAAACACAUUCCACACCCAGCUGGAAAAGGGAAUUAUUGAACAAAUUCCAAACAACCAACCAGGUAUCGGACCUAUCGUACACUACAUUCCACACCAACCGGUGGUCACGCCCCACAAAGAAACGACAAAAUUACGAAUUGUGUUUGAUGCAUCCUCACACUACAAGGAAUGCCCUUCACUAAAUGACAUACUACACCAAGGACCAUUGGUAUUACCGGAUCUUUACGCGAUGCUGCUACGUUUUCGAAUGUUACCUUAUGUAGCAAUAUCGGACGUGGAGAAAGCCUUCUUACAGGUACACCUCAAUGAAAUGGAUAGGGACGCCACGAGAUUUAUCUGGGUACGCGACGUGGACCUACCAGUCACUGAAGACAACAUCGUCACAUACCGUUUCACCCGGGUCACAUUUGGCCUGAACGUAUCGCCAUUCCUCUUGGCUGGUACAGUAACCUACCACUUACAUCAUGUCGUUGAAAACAAAGAAUUGGCGAAGGAAAUCAAGGACAACUUAUACGUGGAUAACCUGAUCCUAGCCGCACGUACCCCUGAAGAUCUGGCCAAAAAAGUCGUAGAUUCACGCGAGAUUUUCCAGGAUAUGGGGAUGAACCUGAGAGAGUUUUUGGCCAAUGACGUUAAUCUCAAGGACUUCAUCUCUCAAGAGGCUUGCGCGAAAGCAGCGGUGCAGAAAGUGCUAGGGAUAGAAUGGAAUGCAACAGGAGACUACCUCUCCAUGUGCUGUACUUUACCAUUCAUAGGCCAAGUCACAAAAAGGAUUGUAGCGCGACAAAUAGCGGCCGUAUACGACCCAUUGGGGUGGCUGGUCCCACUGCUGACGCAGGCAAAGCAUUUCCAACAAACCUUGUGGAAACACAAGUUCGAAUGGGACAAUAUUCUUCCAGCAUCCCUCCAGGAGCAGUGGCAGAAAAUCACACAAAACAUCAACGGGUUUGCCCGUACCUUUCCACGACGAUUUUUCACACAACCUCAAGACAAGGACACUUGCAUCGCAGUGUUCGCUGACGCCAGUGACAUCGCCAUGUCCACAUGUGCGUACCUAUUCGAUGGAAAGCACUCCGCGCUGGUAAUGGCUAAAUGCAAAUUGCCAUCGAUAAAAACGACCACUACAAUGCCAAAGAUGGAGAUGAACGCAUUAACAAUGGCAGCUCGAUUGACAUGGUCAGUAUACCAAGCCAUGAAGGAGCCCUGGCCAAAUAUGUCCGCUUCUCCACCACAAAUUGUCAUCCUUUCGGAUUCCCAAAUUGCAUUGAGCUGGCUAACAACGUCAGAGGAAAAGGCCAGUCCAGGUGUCCUUAUUUCCAACCGAAUAAAGGAAAUACGCAAGAUCACCGCGGCCCUAAACGACGAAGGUCUUACAGUACGUUUCGCAUAUGUAAACACAAAAGACAAUCCUGCUGAUGCGGGAACACGGGGGCUGAACCAGGAACAGUUACAGGACCAUCCCUGGUGGACGGGGCCAGAUUUUUUACGGACACCUAUCAACCACUGGCCCACGAUUUUUUAUCCAUAUGACUGGCAGGGUACUCACGAAACGGAAGAAUUGCAGCCUCCCACUGAAGCAGGUACAGUCUCGAUCACAAUGAACUCAGCAUCAACGAGACUUCUGCAAGAAUCCUGCAAUGACCUGAUCGACGCCAAACGCUUCAGCUCCUUCAAGAAAGCAAAGAGAGUGACAGCAUGGGCGCUGUUGUUUAUUAAAAAACUGAUGCGCUCACUACCACAACAGUCAGUGGACAGGAUAUUCCAGAAAAUACCAGAGCUACGGACCAUACAGGACACAACAAUACUUUUGGGGCAGCACAUCAAAGCGGCACGGAUUGCGCUACUCCGAAACCAUCAAUCUUCAUUUCUAUCACAUUACCAUAAAAAACUGCGGAAUGACACUUUGCGUCUAUAUCAAGACAAGGACCUUCUAUGGCGAUCACAAGGACGCCUCCAGAACUCGACAUUAGGAGCAGAUGCGAAAUCACCCAUUUUCGUGGCUCCGAAUACACCUCUGUCACAACUCCUCAUCAAGGACGCUCAUGGCGAUUACCAUCAAGGUGUGGAACAUACAAUCGCCACAAUUAGACAAACGUACUGGAUACCAAAAAUACGGCAACAAGUACGAAAACUAGUGAGCAAAUGCGUACAAUGCAGACGACUAAAUGCCCUUCCUUACCCAUAUCCAGACAUGACUGAUUUACCACAACAAAGGGUUAUGCGCAGCCGUCCGUUCCAGCAUAUCGGGCUCGAUUUCUUCGACUUACCCUCCACACACCUGGAAGCCGGUAAAACUCACGGCUAUGGUUGCAUUUUCACCUGCAUGGUUACCCGUUUGAUUCAUCUGGAAAUGGUAGACAGCAUGAGCACGGAAGAUUUCAUCAACGCCUUACGAAGAUUUGUGGCUAGAAGAGGUGUUCCUGACUCUAUCACAUGUGAUAAUGCCCCGUCUUUUCUGCUCGGAGCCAGCAUUUUAGCAGGUUCACCUCAAGGGGAAACCCUCAGCUCAAGUAUACAUAACGCCACAUCAAAUCAAGAGAUUCAGUGGAACCACAUCACUCCCUACGCACCAUGGCAGGGCGGUUUUUAUGAGCGCCUCAUCAAAUCCGUCAAACACGCUUUAUAUAAGUCACUACGAGGCACAAAUCACCGUUCCGGAGACCAUUUACGAACGAUCUUGACGGAAAUUGAAGCUUGUCUCAACUCAAGGCCGCUCACUUACCAAGGUGAUGGACAGGAAGACUUUUCUUCCAUUCGACCAAUCGACUUCCUCCAAAAGGAUUUGACACUAACCCUACCAACCACACACCUCACAGAUCCCAUGACAAACGAUCCCGACUACCAUACCCCAGACGAGAUUCGAGCCCUCCAAACUCGUCAAGAGGUCAUUGCUUCCUUACAAUCAUCAUGCGGUGCCACGGAACGAUUUUGGACUAUUUGGCAAAAACAUUACCUGACCUGCCUACGGGAAACGCACAGAAGGACAAUCUCAAGUAAACGACAGGGACGAGAGACUCCUACCAUAGGGGACGUGGUUUUAGUAAGCGAUCCAGUAAUUCCACGUAAUGAGUGGAAGCUAGCACGAAUUACCGAUACUCGAGCAGGACGGGAUGGGGAAAUUAGAGAAGUCGAGCUUCUCACGCCAGCGCGCAGAAAAAUACGACGACCUCCAAACCUUCUCAUCCCUCUGGAAAUACAGCCUGCUACAACUCCGUCCCACACCACACCAGGAGAUCACGCAGUAUCAGACGGGACAGACGAACAAAUACCCACUUCUCAUCCUUACAACCUGCGUCCGCGACGCGCAGUACAUUACGCUGAUGAGCAAGUGGUUACGACAACUCAAACUGCAACAGUCAGACGUUUCCCACCAAAAUGGUUCCUAUUCUACAUCAUGAUCAUCACAUUGUUCACAACUUCGUCUACUUUUGCCAACAGGGAUAUAAGCAUGACGUGUAGCAACGAAGGUGUGCUCGUUCAUACAUCUCGGAACGAUCCGUUUGAAAUCUGCGCGGACCACCAUUGUCAAAUGAUCACCCCAGUGACAAACCCCUUCCUUGUCAAAUUUCCACCAGAGGUAACACUUCAUGACUACCUAGUGUCACUUAAAUGGAAUACCGGAGAUCAACUGGCAACCAUGGAGACAAUGUGCCAUCGCCUCAAUUUCUGUCAACAACUCGAUUGUUGGAUAUGCUCAACGGUCGUCUUCAACCCCGAGUGUUGGCCAAUGGGUGCAAUAGUCAUCACAGCACUCCUCUUAUACGUUAUAGUAGCCAUACUAUAUGUACUCCUGUAUGUUCCCAUGACUAUGGGAAAACCGAUCCGUAUCAUUCUCAUCGUGCUGAGAAGGAUCCUCCUAAUUUUGGCAUCUGCACUCAUAAAGCUCUGCAUGACACUAUGCCGCAGGAUGAGACGACGACGGCCACAAUCGCACAGAGACCGUUUGCUAGCAGUUUUGGCAAUAACUCUUGCCGUAUCCACAUAUGCGAUCCAUGCGUGCCAACAAGUAAAUGUACUUGAACAUCGCUCCACUGUAUGUAACAACUACGACGGACACGAAAGUUGCUCGAUUUACCUGAACGAGCUUCUCAAAAUCAACACUUUCCAUCGUGAAGCCUGUCUACGACUCACUCGAAACGCAACCUUGAUCGCAAACGUCAAACUUCGUUGGAAAGGCCUCUACCUACACUGUGAACAGGAGUCGAGGAUCUUCACACGAGCAGUGGAGCUGCAAAGGAUUGACAGCAAACGCUGCCCGCACAUGGGCUCGUGUCAAGGUCAAAAAUGCGCCGCGAUCCACCAUUCAAGUCUGAUACCGGAACUUGAGGAAGGAAAUAAAUAUCCAGGUCGCACAGGCUGCAUGGAAUCGUGCGGCGGCCCAGGAUGCGACUGUUUCUUCUUAAGUUCCGGUUGUCUGUUCUACCGCGUAUACGCGGUGCCGAAGAACAGCAAAGUCUACGAAAUAUUCCGCUGUACCCGAUGGACUGAACAAGUAAAAUUGGAGGUGACAAUUGAGGACCUCAGCUCCUCUGAAGGAAAAAGGCGAUAUGUCCUCGCUAUAACUCCGAACGUGCCCACGGAAGUACCGUCAAUGACAGUUACGAUGACGGCGGUAACUCUACCUCCUCUACCCAAUCUCUCCAAAGAGUUUGUCACAGAUGGACGAGAUGUCGCGAUCUGGAAUAAUCCUUUUACACCGGACCUUCUCUGUGCUUCUUGGCGCCACGCUAGAGACAUGAACUGCACCCUCAAAGAUGAUUGCAGAUGUCACGCCGCGGAAAACAGUGUCAGCUGUGCAUGCCCUACAAAAGAUAUCCUGGCAUAUUUCAAGCAGCUCAACUUAGUUCUCCCAGUGAAAACAGCUUCCUGGGAGCUAUCGCGACGACUCAAUGAGACAGUCACAGCAAAAAUUUCACAAAUGGUAUCAGCGGACUUUGUUGUUCAGUUCAAGACGGUCAUCGAGACUGCGAAUCUCCUUGUCACCAACAAUGUGUGUAACAUCGCCAACAGCGAACUGGAGGGAUGCUACUACUGUGCGAAGGGAGCUACAGCCAAGGUCACCUGUAGAUCAUCAACUAACACGCUCGGAGAAGUCCUGUGUGGUCGCCAUGCCUUUGUGGUACCAUGCGCUCCCACUUCACCUGAGUCAAAUCUCUAUUUCCACUUGGAUUCCGCACGCCAACUUCUCAAUUGCUCGAUCAGAUGUGGAGAAACCGUGCAUUACUUCGUUCUAUCGGGUAUUCUACGGUACACGAGCAAUUUUCAUGCUGCAAUGACUGACUUUAUUCAAGGGAACACUACCGCUUACCAUGGUUUCCAGCUCCCAGACUUUCACCACAUACUGAACGUCUUCAUGGACUGGUACAAAGUACUGUUUGUCAGCAUUCUGGCAGUGAUUUUUGCCUUAUUGGUGUCCUACUUGUGCCUACAAUCUCUGGGAAUACGCCUCAUGACGCUCCUUUUGCGCGGCGCACUUACCCUGGUAUGCUACCCGCAAGUUAUGGAAUUCAACUCGGCUCCUCCAUCGCCAAACCCUAUCCAUUCGGCAUCCACUUCAUGUCAGCUACGUAGCUUACAGCACGACUAUGAAGAGCUGCUACACGCUCUGCCGCAACUCCCCACCCCCCAACAGCUCGUGGACCAGAUUGCGCGAACCGUGGAAACGCUUCACAGGACGAUGCGCUCCAUCCUUCACCUGGAUACUCAAAUAGAGGCCCUCCGAGCGGAUGAUAGUUCGUGGCAGACCAGAUACUGGAAACACAGCAUGGCAGCCGCUUCCGUGGAUAAGCUACGCCUCGAGUUGCUUCUGUCGCGAACGACACUCACGUUCCUUUUUUCCUUUCCUCCACUCCUCGUAGCUACACGCGUGAUAUCGCUGGAGCAAUGGAACGCCAAACUAGCCGAGCCGCGCACGGAUACUGAAGGUGAUACCUUAGCCAUGGGACUCAAGGACUUAGAGAACACCAUUUCAGAGCAGCUCGGAUUCCUUCAACAUUACUCCGGACUACUCCGAACGAUUGGCGAGAGCAUUGCGGAAGACCAGUUUCAAGAUCAGCAGAUCGAGGACGAGGACAACCGAUUCUUCGAAAACCUGAUAAUACGCAAGCUCGACAACAUCACGCACAUACUACGAGGAUCCCAACUGGAGCAUAGCGCGACGCAGACCGAGUCUGCGGAGGACCAUCGCGGCGCGGAGGCUGCGGAGACGCAGGAUUCGGGCGCGCGGCGGCAGGAAAGCGAAGAGGGACGGGAACAACGCGCUAUCGACGACAACGCAGAAUUCAUGGAAGAACUGCAAGAGGAAAUCCGUCCCGACGACGUUUUUGUCGUUGUAGACGAGGUCGUGGGAGCCGAGGUUACCGAGGAGAACGCUUAUCACGAGGAGGCGCUGGCACCAAAAGAUACGAGCGAGACAAGACGUCUCAACGAGGAGAUAUUACGUGUUCUCACCGAAAAAAGGGACCUGGAGCGACGGAUUCACGAGAUGGCGAACGAGAAGACUUGCCCUCGCCGCAGAUUUGAAACAGGGCAGAUCAGGAACGAAAACGAAACGACGAUGCCGUGCGUCUUUUGUGGACUAAUCGGCGUGCAUUACUCGGACGCUUGUGAUGUCUACCCCGACACCCGCCGGAGAUGGCGCAUAAUACGCGAAGCCGCACGUUGCAGGGUGUGUCUCAAAAAACGCUGCACGGGAGGACAUAGGUGCGACAAAAGGACAACGAAGUGCCGGUACUGCGCCGAUUACGGACAUCACCCUUCGCUGUGCUUUCGGCCUCAGAGAAGCGAAGAAACCCGACAACAGCUAGAGGAGUUGAAGCGUCGGCUGCGGCAGAGCGUGCAGCGAUUAAAACUCUUAAGAAGACAGUUACACCUUCUGCAAGAUGUAGAAUAA